AAAUAAGAGACGAGGCAACUAUUACUUUAGUUCCGACAUUUCGCUGGUUCAAAGAGCAGAAUGAAAUUGGUCUUCAGUCUGAUAAUAUGCCUGGAGUUAAUACUGCUGGUUACGGCCUUAAGUGCCAAGCGACGAUGUGUUGUACCAAGUCCCACGACCGUAUCACCCACAACGGAAAAAACGGAUAAGCCAACGACUGAAAGCCCGCCAACGAUACCCACAGACCCAACAAGCCCAACUGAUUCUCCACACCCAACCGAUUCUCCAAGCCCUACGGAUUCCCCCAAUCCAACUGACACUCCUCCUAGUCCAACGGAUUCUCCAAACCCCACAGAUUCUCCUCCAAGUCCAACCGAUUCUCCAAACCCAACAGACUCUCCCAACCCAACUGAUUCUCCAAACACAACGGAUUCUCCAAACCCGACGGAUUCUCCAAGCCCGACGGAUUCUCCAAGCCCGACCGAUUCUCCAAACCCGACGGAUUCUCCUAACCCAACUGAUUCUCCAAACCCGACGGAUUCCCCCAAUCCAACUGACACUCCUCCUAGUCCAACGGAUUCUCCAAACCCCACAGAUUCUUCUCCAAGUCCAACCGAUUCUCCAAACCCAACAGACUCUCCCAACCCAACUGAUUCGCCGCCAAGCCCAACUGAUUCUCCAAACACAACGGAUUCUCCAAACCCAACGGAUUCCCCAAGCCCAACUGAUUCUCCUCCAAGUCCAACGGAUUCGCCAAACCCAACAGAUUCUCCUCCAAGUCCUACCGAUUCUCCAAACCCAACAGACUCUCCCAACCCAACUAAUUCGCCUCCAAGCCCAACCGAUUCCCCAAGCACAACGGAUUAUCCAAACCCGACGGAUUCCCCUAACUCAACUGAUUCUCCAAACUCAACGAAUUCCCCAAACCCAACUGAUUCUUCUCCAAGUCCAACGGAUUCGCCAAACCCUACAGAUUCUACUCCAAGUCCAACAGAUUCUCCAAACCCCACAGAUUCUCCUCCAAGUCCAACCGAUUCUCCAAACCCAACCGAUUCUCCAAACCCAACUGAUUCUCCCCCAAGCCCAACUGAUUCUCCUAACCCAACAGAUUCUCCAAUCUCGACGGAUUCCCCAAACCCAACUGAUUCUCCAAACACAACAGAUUCCCCAAAUACAACAGAUUCCCCAAACCCAACUGAUUCUCCUCCAAGUCCAACCGAUUCUCCAAACCCCACAGAUUCUCCUCCAAAUCCUACGGAUUCUACAAACCCUACGGAUACUCCAAACCCGACGGAUUCCUCGAAUCCAACUGGCUCUACUUCAAGUCCCACAGAUUCUCCAAGUCCAACAGAUUCUCCUCCAAGCCCAACUGAUGCUCCUAACCCAACUGAUUCUCCUCCAAGUCCUACGGAUUCUACAAGCCCUACAGAUUCUUCAAGCUCGACGGAUUCCCCCAACCCAACUGACCCUACUUCAAGUCCAACCGAUUCUCCUCCAAGUCCAACGGAUUCUCCAAGCCCCACAGAUUCUCCAAGCCCAACUGAUGCUCCAAACACAACAGACUCAACCAACCCAACUGAUUCUCCACCAAGUCCAACGGAUUCUCCAAGCCCAACUGAUUCUCCAAUCCCAACGGACUCUCCCAGCCCAACGAAUUCUCCAAGCCCAACUGGUUCUCCAAGUCCAACGGACUCUCCCAGCCCAACUGAUUCUCCAAGUCCAACGGACUCUCCCAGCCCAACGAAUUCUCCAAGCCCAACUGAUUCUCCAAGUCCAACGGACUCUCCCAGCCCAACUGAUUCUCCAAAUCCAACGGACUCUCCUAGCCCAACGAAUUCUCCAAGCCCAACUGAUUCACCAAGUCCAACGGGCUCUCCCAGCCCAACUGAUUCUCCAAGUCCAACGGACUCUCCCAGCUCAACUGAUUCCCCUUCAAAUCCUACCGAAUCUCCAGUGAACAGUGAUGUCACUACGGGAACAACUCUUUCCACAACAUCAACUACGGAAGUUUACGUUGAUGCAGACACUAUGUGCAAGAACCAUCCUGGCGUGGAGUAUUUGCCCUAUCCCUAUGAUUGUCGUCAGUUCAUCAACUGCGAAGAUGACAAGGGUUAUAUAAAAACUUGUCCAUCAGAUCUCCUUUGGGAUUCUAAGGACAAUAGUUGUGGCACUACUUGUGCCUGAAGAAUUCCGAAUUGAACUAAGGCCAGGAAUUAAUUUAAAGUUUGUUGUUAUUAAAAGCUUAGUUGAGCGAAAAAUAAAAAAAAAAUGUUGCAUACCAUAA